CAAGAUUCACAGAACAUAUCAACGAUUCUGAAAAUGCUCAUCAAUCCUCUUAGAUCCGCUUCACCAGCCAUUGUUCACCAAUCUCGAUCGUUCGCUACGUCAAGCAUGUCCCGCGUUCCACUUCUCAUCACGCCUAAACAGCUGGCGGCGUUGCCCAAGGGCAGCACCAAGAUCCUCGACGCAUCAUGGCACAUGCCCAACUCGCCCCGAAACCCCAACACGGAAUUCCUCACCGGUCCUCGUAUUCCCCAAGCGAUCCGGUGGGACGUCGAUGCAAUCUCUGUGCCCAAGACCGACUCGGAAUUAAACCCGCUAGGAUUGGGGCAUAUGAUGCCUUCCCCUGAGACAUUCUCUGCGGCAUGUAGGAAGAGGGGGAUCAAGCGAGAGGAUCAUGUGGUGGUUUAUGAUAGUGUUGGAGUGUUCAGUGCGCCAAGGGCGGCUUUUACGUUCGAUUCGAUGGGCCACGAAAAGGUCUCCAUCCUCGACGGUGGCCUCCCGAGGUGGAUUCACGAAGGGUUCGAGGUGGACAGUGAAGACCUCUCUUCUUCCCCAGCAUCGGAGAAGGGAGAAGUUCUGAUGAACGGGGAUAUCCAGGAAAGUGAUUACCCGGUCCCUUCUUUCCAAUCAUCCCGGGUUACCAGCUACGAGGACGUGGUUAAGAAUUCGAAGGUGGACGGAAAGAGCUCGGAGGCCGAUUUAGUCCUCGACGCUCGCAGUCGCGAAAGAUGGACCGGCUCGGCCCCCGAACCGCGCCCGAACCUCUCUUCCGGCCAUAUCCCCAACUCUCUAUCCCUCCCAUUCAACGUCCUCCUGACCCCUUCAAACCCUGAUCGUCCGUAUACAUCUUACCUCCCUCCCUCCUCUUUACGGGAGACAAUCAUCUCCUCCCUGACCUUUCCCGGGGAGACACCUAAAGACGCGCAAGUCCGGUGGGAAAACAUCAAGAGGGGAAAGAAGGGGGUUGUUUGGUCUUGCGGAAGUGGAAUGACGGCCUGUGUAGGCGUUUGGGGGAUGAGGGUCUUGGCGAGCGCUGAGGAGAGGGAUGAAGGGAUGAGGGUGGGGAUUUAUGACGAGAGCUGGACGGGCUACGCAUCGAGGGAGGAGAGCGAGAUCGUCAAGGGCGAAGAAUGAUUCCGGGUUCUAUACGGCCAAGAGAGGAAGUGAGGUAUCGACGCCGGCGUACGGAGCGGAAAAAGCUCGGUGUACUCUGUCCGGGUCUGAUGGAACACCGCCGUUGUCUCAGUUUGGUUGAAGAAGGAGUUGUGUAUCAAUAAAACGUUGUAACGAGAAACGACGAAAUCAAAGAUCAUCCCAGACGCGGAAGCCGAGACCCAGAGUCAGGACGAUGGACCUGUGGAUGGUGUUACGGCCGUUUGUUUUCGGAACAUCUAUAGGAAAUUACAAUACUUGA